UCCCGCCGCCACGUUCACUCGCGGCCCGGGACGGAGGCGCAGGGGCCCGAGCCCGGAGCCCACCCUGCCGGCUGCCCCCCGGGGGCCUGGGCGCGCUCGGCGGCGGGAGCUCUCGCAGGAGUCAUGAAGUUGAACGAGAGGAGCGUGGCCCACUAUGCCCUCAGCGACUCCCCAGCAGACCACACAGGAUUUUUGCGCACCUGGGGGGGUCCCGGAGCACCCCCCACCCUCAGCGGCACUGGCCGAACUUGCUGGUUUGUUCUCAAGGGCAACCUGCUGUUCUCCUUCGACAGCCGGGAGGGCCGGGCCCCGCUGAGCCUGGUGGUGCUGGAGGGCUGCACGGUGGAGCUGGCCGAGGCCCCCGUGCCGGAGGAGUUCGCCUUUGCCAUCCGCUUUGACGCUCCGGGAGUGCGUCCACAUGUGCUGGCUGCUGACGGGCCGGCGGCCCAGGAGGCCUGGGUGAAGGCGCUGUCCCGGGCCAGCUUUGGCUACAUGCGCCUGGUGGUGCGCGAGCUAGAGAGCCAGCUGCAGGACGCCCGCCAGAGACUGGCCUUGUAUCGCUGUUCAUCCCACAGAGCCAUGGCCAGCUUCGGCAGGCCCCAGGUUCCCGACCGCCGGUCUCCGGGCCUGCACAAUGGCCAUGUCCUUGCCAGGGACUUGAGCCCCAGGGGCUCCGUCGAGGAAGAGGGCGGCAGGCUGGGAGCUGAGAGAGAGCUGCGGGGCUCAGCUGGCCUCCUCCUGGGCAGAGGGCAGAGCCCUGUGUCCCCUGAGACCUCCUGCUUUGCCACUCUGCACAACUGGUACGGCCAGGAGAUCAUGGAGCUGAGGCGAGGGUGGCGGCGGCGGCAGGCCCGCCUGAGCCCGCCCGAGCUUGAGCGCCAGGACCGGUCCUGAACCCCGGGGAGGGGGGCAAGUCCAGUUAGGCCCCAGUCCUGCUGGUCAGGAUGACGGGGGCCAGUGCCUUUUCCAGAGUUGAAGGUUUACUCAUUUCCAACGUUGCCCUGGGGGAUGUUGCACUUUCUUCUUGCAUUUUAGGUGUUCUCCACAUGGGCCUUCUGCCACCACAUCACACUUUGCAGGCACGGAGGAACGGGAGAGGCCUUGAAGGGUGCAGCACUGCCCUGACAUCCUGAUAUGGUCAAAAGGACGGACCUCCUGUCUUGUGGGGGCCUCUGGGAUGCAGCUCCCCCUAGGGAGGGGUGGGAGGAUUGGCCACGUGACUCCCCAAACUGCAGUUUGGGUUAGAAGUUUCUGGAGGCAGGGAUCCUGCAGCCAGACGAGAGGCAUUUGUUCUGUCCGGCAAUGGCCUGUGGCUGCCCUGGUUGGGGGUGGUGCUGGCUAGCAUCCUGGGAUGGACUGCCUUCUUACGCCUGUGAGCAGAACCCUCAGUGCCCAGGCCCUCAGCAGCGGCCCCGGCUGGGGGGUUGGGGCUGGGGGGAAGGGAAAAAGACUUGGAGUGUAGUGUGUCCCCCCCCCGGGGUGCUGCUGCUA